AUGACAACGUGCACCACACUUCUGGGGCUGGCCGUAGCUCCCCUGGGAUGGGUCCUGAUGUUGACCGCUACUGUAACACCGCAAUGGCGUGAGUUCCCCGAGAGACCUGGCUACCCGCAAGACAUCUCCUUCAGUGAUGGCCUUUGGGAGAGCUGUGUGGAGGUAACCAGCAUACAAGGCAAGGUAUGCCAACCCCUGCCGCAGGAGAUGGCUGUCUCCUGGCCCAUUCAGCUGGCGAGGGUGCUGACGGUCACCUCUGUGCUCGCUGGCUUCUUGAGUUAUAGUCUCGCCACUGCGGGGGUCCGUUGGUGGGCUGAACAUCCAAACAACUGCCUUGCGGGAAUCUCUGGGCUCUUGCACCUGCUGUCUGGACUCGCCUAUCUCUGUGCUACCUCCUACAUGGCAUACAGAAUCCUAGCUGACAUUACCAAUCUGCAGGUCCCAGAUGAGGACAAAUACCGUCUUGGAACAUGCCUCUACUUAGGUUGGAGUGGAGGGGCAGCAGAGACUUUUGCUGGGGUGUGUCUGGCUACGAGUUUCCAAGGAGAGAACAGCAAUCGUUUAAUGAAUCUACCCCCACCCUAUGAAGUGGAUUAUUAA